UUGGGCACAACAAAUCUUCCAUGACCCAAAAUUUCAGAAUCAGCAUCGUCUUCUUCGAGUAGGUUAAGCCUUAAACCAUAAACCCUAGGCGCUCCUGAAACUCUCCCAAGACAAAAAAAAGGGGGUUGGAAAAUGUCGGACAGAGAAGAUUACGAUUCGGAAGCCCCCGAAGAGCUCACAGCCGAGCAGGGAAUACAACAAGACAAAGAACUAAGUAAGGUCCAGAAAGAGAAUAAAGCGAGGGUGGUUCGUGAAGGAAAAGAACGUCGUAGACAAUGGGCCCAAAGGAAAACACCAAAGAAAACACCACAGCCGUCUGCUGGAGUUGAAAGUGUUCAAGAUGCCCCUGAAACUGAAACACACGAAGAAUCUUUGGGUAGUGCAGGGAUGCUUCCAAGCAACAUUGUUGAAUUGCUUGCAGCUCGUGAGAAACAAGUGUUCCACUCAGACUCUGAGGAUGAGAAUACUGACUCAAAGUCCACUAAGAAAAAGAAAAGGCUAAAAAGCUCAGGGGUUGAUACUGUUAUUUUGAAGGAGACACCUGCUCCAAAAUGCUUACAGAAUUCCUUGGCGUUCUUGGAGAAAAGGAAAAUGCAGGUGUCUAGAUCACAUGCAGUGUUGAACAACUCCAACCAAGCCUUACGCUUCCUCUCUUCUUCUGGCUUGUUGAGUAAAAACGUGACGAGCUAAAUGCCAGCAUUUUCUUAUAUUUUUUUCUCUCGAUAUGUGCUAUGAUAUUGUAUUCUCUUAGUCGAGGCUAUGCUGAUAUGUAUCGUACUUAGCUCCCUGAGGAGGGCAUGCCUAUGAAUGAUGAAAAUGGAGAGGGAUCAUGUCCCCAUGGGCCAACUGGUUAUUUUAUAGAAUCUGCAUCUGUGACAUUAUUUUUCUUUCCUUUUUGUUUUAUUGAUAAAAGAAAGAGUUUUUUCCACCCUGAUAUUUUGAAACAUGUUUGGUGCCAGCACUAGUCUGCUGCUAAGUUCUGUGUAGGGUGGGAGGCUAAGAACUGGGCAAAGCUUGGUUAGAGCUUUGAUGAUGAGAAAGAAACAUUUGAAA